UGCCCGAGGACGCCAGUCGACGCCGGGCGUCCCGUGCGUGCAGUCGUGGGAACUAUCGUCGUCGUUCGACGAUCGCGCGAACGUGCUUUCCAAUCGUUCUUCGCACCCCUUUGGUUGAUCGAGGAUCGUCCUCCGUCGAUCGACCGUGGUCGCGUUCGUCCCAACGUCCGUCUUUGUAAACGUAAUUCCUUCGUCUCGUAAAGCAGUCUCGGUUCCCACUGUAAAGGUGAAGAGGGGUGGGUUCGAUCGAAGGGACGUUCGAUCGAUAGCGCGCUCACGAGUCGCGAUCUUUCUCGCCGCCGCGUGAACAGUGACUGAUGUUAGGAUGCGCUGCAGAGACGUGAUCUUUUACAAAAUCUUGACUUAAGCGGUGCCGUCGAGCGAAAGUGUGGUGUGGAACGUCGUGAACGAUCGGCCACUGAUCCGUUUCGAUGGAAGGUCGUCCGGAUGGGCCAUCUGGAGAACGUUUCCGGCGGAUGCUGAUCUCACCGGUUCUCACCGACAAAUCACUUUCAGAUCGGAGCGGGCGUGCGUGCGCGGACGAACGCCGGUGUGGACCAUUUCGCGAGUGGCAGGACGACCUUGAAAGUUCGUACGAACUGUCGGAGGAGGCGAGGGACUCUGUUGGUGUGCCUGUUCGUUGCGGAUGCGGAUCGUACGCGGAUCGUGCUUGUGUCAACGGGUUCGCCAAGUUGCAGCGGAAAGUAUUGGUGCUUGUUAGAGGUAGCAAGGAAACCGUUUCCAACGUCGUGCCCAGGAUGGCCGCAAUCUUCGUCGUCGUGUGCCUCCUGCUGCUGGACACUCGGCCAACGUUUGCUGCCAACAAUGUUACAGUCGUUUCCGUUACCAGCGUCCCGGAUCCCGAGUUCGUCGAUGAAAUAGGAAAUAUCACAGUGCCAGCGGGACGUAACGUGAAAUUAGCCUGCAGCGUCAAGGAUUUAGGGCCAUACAAGGUGGCCUGGAUGCUUUUCGACAAGAGCGCUAUCCUGACAGUACAAAGUCACGUUAUUACCAGGAACCCGAGGAUAUCCGUGACGCACGAUAAGCACAGGACCUGGUUCCUACAUAUCAAAGAUGUGCGGGAGGACGACAAGGGAAAGUACAUGUGCCAGAUUAAUACGGCGACCGCGAAAACACAGUAUGGCUAUUUGCACGUCGUAGUGCCUCCAAAUAUAGAGGACUACCAGUCCUCGUCAGACGUCAUUGUGCGAGAAGGGGCGAACGUGAGUCUAACGUGCAAAGCGACUGGCAGCCCCAAACCAGCCAUAAGUUGGAAGAGAGACGACGGCUCGAAGAUCUCGAUUAACAAAACGUUCUCUGUAUUGGAGUGGAAAGGCGACACACUGGAUAUCACGCGUAUCUCAAGACUGGACAUGGGCGUUUAUUUAUGCAUCGCGACGAAUGGCGUCCCUCCGACAGUGAGCAAGCAGAUCAAAGUCUCUGUCGACUGUAAGCGAAUAACUUUCGUUUCAACCUAUAUUUUAAUCAAUCAUUCGUUCAAUCUUUUCUCCCUUUUUCUUUUUAAACAAAUUAAGAAUUCAUUUGAAAUGUUUGACGUAGUAAAAUUAAGUUAGACAAAUUUCUUGUUUCAGUUUAUACAA